AUGGCCCCGUCAUUGGAAGUACCGGUGGCACCUUCAUCGGUGGGGAACAUCACCGUUCCCAAGAAGGUGAUUGCCAGCGACAACAAAUUUGGAUAUAUUCCUGGCCGGACCGCCGUUGCAGAUCAUACCGACUACGCGCACGAAGACCUGCUGCCCUCGUUUCCCGACAUUCAUUGGGACGCCUUAGAAUACACCCCCUAUGAGGACCGCGGCCUGAGGGGCGACCCGAAAUUCCGCAAUCUGCUGCAGGAUGCCACCGCCGUCUUCGACUACAACCCCAAGAUUGGAACUGAGAUUCACGGCAUUGACUUAUCGAAGCUUACGGGGGCGCAGAAGGAUGACCUGGCCCGUCUGAUCGCCUACCGAGGAGUCGUCUUUUUCCGUGCGCAGACAAACUUUGAUAUUGAGGCCCAGCGGGAUCUGGGGAGGCACUUUGGAAAGCUUCACAAGCAUGCCACUACCGCCGUUCCGCGCAAGAAGGGCCUCGAGGAUGUCCAUGUUGUCUACUCGGGUGACAACGCCGGAGAUAACCGCGCUUUGUUCAGCCCAAGCUUUUUGUGGCACUCGGAUGUGACCUAUGAGGUGCAACCGCCAUCCUACACCUCAUUGAAACUCUUAACUGGCCCGCCCAGUGGCGGUGGCGGCGAUACACUCUGGUCGUCGCAGUAUGCUGCCUACGAUGUCCUCUCCCCCUUUAUGCAAACCUAUCUCAGGAGCUUGACGGCUCUGCACUCCGCAGACAUGCAAGCAAACGAUUCCCGCGCCCUUGGCCGGCCGGUCCGACGUAACCCGGUCACCACCAAACACCCUCUCAUCCGCACGAACCCCGUUACUGGCUGGAAUGCUCUUUUCUUCAAUCCGGGCUUUGUCACCAAGAUCAUCGGUAUUCCCAAGGCCGAGAGUGACGCCAUCAUCAAUUACCUCACCAACGUGGUUGCCACAACCCAGGAGAUGCAUGCUCGUUUCCAAUGGGGCCAGGAUGACGUUGCUUUCUGGGAUAACAGGACUACGACACAUUCUGCUUCCUAUGGCUUCUCACCACAUCGACGGCAUGCCGUCCGUGUGGCGGUCCAGGCUGAACGCCCCAUUCUGGAGGAGUCGGGCAAAUCUCAGGAGGAAGACCUUGCCACCUUGUAUGGGCUGCCGGCAGUCGAUAAGGAUGGGUCACGGCAGUCAAACUACAAUGACUGA